UUGACCCCCCUGCCCAUGCACCCCUGCCUUUUCCCUUCCCAUCUCCAGCCCUUCAUCGGCUCCUCUAUCUCUUCUUUCGCACGGUGCUCGUGAACGAAUACUGAGGUGGCCUUUGCGCGAGUUCUGCGAGUCCGCGUCAAGUUUUUAACCUGGAAUAAAGACGCGACGACGCAAACUUCAUAAACGCGGAGCGAACAGAAAGCCGCCUAACUGACUCUGGAAAGGAGACGAGGAGAUUGAAAGACACACAGAGCAAUGAGUCGCAGCAUUGUGCGCCAGAGUAAGUUUCGGCAUGUUUUUGGCCAGGCAGCCAAAGUGGAUCAGGGAUAUGAUGAUAUUCGAGUUUCCAAGGUGACGUGGGACAGCUCCUUCUGUGCAGUCAACCCAAAGUUUCUGGCUGUUAUAGUCGAGUCCAGCGGAGGUGGGGCUUUUUUGGUACUUUCUCUCUCAAAGAUGGGCAGAGUGGACAAAAAUUAUCCCCUAGUGGUUGGACACUCAGGUCCUGUAUUGGACAUCGACUGGUGUCCUCACAAUGACAACAUCGUGGCCAGCUGCUCCGAAGACACAACUGCCAUGGUAUGGCAGAUCCCUGACCACACCCCCUGUCGCCCCAUCAGUGAGCCCAUUGUGGUGCUAGAGGGUCACUCUAAACGUGUGGGCAUCAUUAAGUGGCACCCCACUGCCCGCAACAUCCUCCUCACUGCAGGCAGUGAUAAUCUGAUCAUCAUUUGGAAUGUGGGCACCGGAGAACCCCUGAUCACAAUGGAUGACCAUCCUGACCUCAUCUACAACGUCAGCUGGAACUACAACGGCAGUCUCUUCUGCACCACCUGCAAGGACCGUCGCCUCCGAGUCUGUGAUCCUCGCAAAAGUGAGGUGUUGGCGGAGAGAUUGGCUCCACAUGAGGGCAUUCGGCCGAUGAGAGCUAUUUUUACCAGAGAGGGAAACAUUUUCACUACAGGUUUCACCAGGAUGAGCCAGAGAGAGUUGGGCUUGUGGGAUCCGACUAAUUUCGAAGAGCCCAUUGCAUUAUUGGAGUUGGACACAAGUAAUGGAGUUUUACUGCCUUUUUACGACCCAGACACCAACAUUGUAUAUCUCAGCGGCAAGGGUGACAGCAGUAUUCGGUAUUUUGAGAUCACAGAGGAACCUCCUUAUGUGCAUUACAUCAGCACAUACAGUAGCAAGGAGCCACAGAGAGGAAUGGGAUUCAUGCCUAAGAGAGGAGUAGAUGUCACCAAGUGUGAGAUCGCUCGAUUAUACAAACUCCAUGAGAGAAAGUGUGAGCCUAUUAUGAUGACAGUACCCAGAAAGUCGGACCUGUUCCAGGAUGACCUGUACCCAGACACAGCAGGUCCAGAGCCAGCACUUGAACCUGAGGAAUGGAUGGAGGGACGAGAUGCAGACCCCAUACUGGUGUCCAUGAGAGAUGGUUAUGUUCCUCCAAAGAGCAGAGAGCUGAAGGUGUCCAAGAAGAACGUCCUAGACACAAAGCCUGCCACACGAAGAAGCAUGUCUGUUGUAGAUGGAAGCAGUUUGCCUCCUCAGUUGUUGGAGAAGCUCAUUGAAGAGAUCCAAAGUCUGAAGGCCACAGUUCUCUCUCAGGAGAAGCGAAUCUGUGACUUAGAGAAUAAGCUCUCCAAGUACACUAAUGGCACAGUCUGACUACAUCACUAAAACUAACCGACCCUGUUCACACUGCUAACCCCUCACAACUAAAGUAUGAUAGGCCAAGCCACUCCCGAUCCUGGUUCACUUUUGUUAUGGGUUUACAUUGUAACUACAACACCACUUGACUUUACACAGCUUUUCUGAUCAUUACCAAACAUUGUGUAGCAAAUAAUUUUGCAUAGGCACUUAUUGCCAGAAAUAGUGUUUUCCUGAUGCUUUGUAGUUUGUGUGUUAAUAUUGUGUGGUAGUACACGAUAUUAGCUUUCUUAAAAAUGAAUCUUAUCAAGAAGCAUUUUAUAGACAACUGGCAGCUUCAUGUAUUGAGUUAUACUGUAAAUCCUUGUAGGUACUACAAAUUUUAAAUGCUAAAAAAGAAUGAGAAGAAUUGUAGUUACAGCUUUCUGCAGUAGUUAACAGUCAUGGUUUCAUCUGUAGUCUGUAUGUGAACAUACCUCAUUGAAGAGACCAGGACCUGGGAUCAGACAGUAGCAUUAUGUAGCUCUUAUUUGGUCGGCUCUGGCUAAGCAAGAUCUUUUUGGCAUGAGUAGGUAUAUUAGGAAGCUCUGUAAGGGUAAUGCACAUCACUUAUUGCCAUUUCAUUUUAAAUGAAUAGUUCACCUUAAAUGUCAUUCACUUUAAUGAGGCGUUUAGCAUAAUGCCCAAUCUAUUAAUAUGAAGGUCAAUGGGCACUAUGCUGAAUUUGACAGAAUAUAAAAAUACAUCAUAAAAGUGGUCAAUAUGACUCUUAUAUAAGUCUUAUAUUCCAAUGGCUUUGUGCAAAUAAAAGAUCAAAUUAAAGUCAUUAUGGGGUAGUUUCCCGGACAGGGUUUAUCCUAGUCCCAGACUAAAAUGCAUGUUUGAGCUGCCUUUAAAAACAUCUUAAACUGGCAUAUCUUAACAUGUCCUAAUUCCUAGUCCUGGAUUAAUUUAAAACCUGUCCGGUACACAGCCCCUAUAACUCUGAAAUUUCAUUUUAAACAUGGCAUGAAUUGGAAUAUACGAUAGGUUUGAAAGUCAACGUUAGUUGAGAAAAUGAUAACAGACUUGAACUAUUCAUUUAAUUCAUCUCCUGAGCAAAUCUUUAAUUAUAUCUAUAUUGUUGAGCAGUCUAAUCUAAUAAUCAAAGUUGAAUUAUUUCUGGACUAAACAACUAAAGAAUAUUCGCAUUGAAAGCCCUAUUUGUUUUUUAUGUGCUUGCAUUAUUGGUUCCUAAAAUGCCACACAAUCUGUCACUUCACACACCUCUGCCUUUCCAGAUUUGACCAACAAUUAAAACUCAUGUGGUUUCUGUUAAACAAUACAAAAUGUAAAUAUUAUACUAAAAAAAAACAUGAAAAAUAGUCAAAUAUCUAAACCAAAGACAUUAUUUUGUGUUUUAUGUAGAGCAUAAUUUGUGAGUAUUAUGGUUUGAAUAAAACUCUUUUUGUACAAAAAAUUGCAUACGUUGUCAUUUAAUAAUCAAAGAAACAUACCACUUUCAUCUACCGCAGGUAAUCGUUCUCCUUGCUAUAGCUU